AUGACAUUCUUCUUAGACCUCUUUUUUAUGACAUUCUUCUUAGACCUCUUUUUUGACCUGACAUUCUUCUUAGACCUCUUUUUUAUGACAUUCUUCUUAGACCUCUUUUUACCUCUUUUUGACAUUCUUCUUAGACCUCUUUUUGUGACAUUCUUCUUAGACCUCUUUUUUGUGACAUUCUUCUUAGACCUCUUUUUUACCUCUUUUUGUGACAUUCUUCUUAGACCUCUUUUUUUGACAUUCUUCUUAGACCUCUUUUGUGACAUUCUUCUUAGACCUCUUUUUACCUCUUUUUGUGACAUUCUUCUUAGACCUCUUUUUUAUGACAUUCUUCUUAGACCUCUUUUUUAUGACAUUCUUCUUAGACCUCUUUUUAUGACAUUCUUCUUAGACCUCUUUUUUGUGACAUUCUUCUUAGACCUCUUUUUUGUGACAUUCUUCUUAGACCUCUUUUUACCUCUUUUUAUGACAUUCUUCUUAGACCUCUUUUGUGACAUUCUUCUUAGACCUCUUUUUAUGACAUUCUUCUUAGACCUCUUUUUUGUGACAUUCUUCUUAGACCUCUUUUUACUUCUUCUUGUGACAUUCUUCUUAGAUCUCUUUUGUGACAUUCUUCUUAGACUUCUUCUUGUGACAUUCUUCUUAGAUCUCUUUUGUGACAUUCUUCUUAGAGCUCUUGUGACAUUCUUCUUCAUCCUCUUUUUCUGA